GGCGUCUUCUCUGGUUGGGAAUGGAAAGGUGAAACGUCAAUAAUUCCAUGGAUAGUCGUAUAAUAAUUGUUUUAAUGUUGAAUUACGCUACCGGAAAAUGAAAAUUUAAAUGAAACAGGCUUCGAAGCACGAAGUAAUGUCGAGGAGAUGAUCGGAAGAUUCUUCGAAGAAGAAAAAGGACGAAUCGAACAUUAGCUUGUCAGUAGAAUAUCAUUCAUUCCUAUUGUUUGUUAUACGUUGCGACGUGCUAAUAUAGGGAAGUUCGAACGAUUUGUGUGUGAAAAUGGAGAGAUCCAGUUACGUUUGAAAUGUCCUUUGGGUAAAUUGGGUAAAAAUUUCAAAAUAUUCGUACAACAUGUCUUUGUAUGACGAUUUUGACAAGCAUCGAACCUCCGAGAAGGUCGCGGGAUGGUCUUCUGGUAUUAAGUUGUUGCAGUCUCAGCUGCAGCUGAAGAAAGCUGCCACAACCCAGCCAAAACGAGAACAAUACAGGAAGGCUACUGCGGUACUGGCGCCGGUGAUAGAUUUAAAAUCAAAAGCCAAUCGUGACCUUGAUAGAGAAGAUGAUGGCAACCAUAAUAAUCCACUGUCGACUAGUAAUGUAAGUGGGAUAGGAGUUGGCGGUGAAUUUGACUGGAAUGUAGUGAAUGAGUACGAUCCUAUGUGGCCCAACGAAUACGAGAAGGUUGUGAAGGAACUGCGUGACUUGAGAGACAGGGAACAUGAUCAGGAGACGGAAAUGCGCAAACGCAGGAGGGAUAACACACGUUUUGAGGAUAAUCAGGCUUCUGGCAGUAACAGCACAAUGAUACCUCCCGAAAGGGACGAGGAGAGAACGCCUUCUUCAAGAGGUAUAGUUGGUGGUGCUGCAAUAGCCCCACCACCCUCUCUGCAGGAAUCCUCUGAAUUGCCGCCUCCAGCACCGCGAUCACAGCAAUCUUCUAGUCUAGGCUAUGCCACGUCAUCCGUGGCUGCGAAAAUAAUGGCCAAGUAUGGCUUCAAGGAGGGACAGGGACUCGGCAAGAAGGAACAGGGCAUGUCGGUAGCGUUACAAGUAGAAAAGACGAGUAAACGCGGCGGCAGGAUAGUUGGAGAAAGGGAACAGCUCAUGCCGCCACCGCCACCUCUCACGGCUUCGCCACCUCAGACGCAACAAUCGUUGCAGCCACAACAACCUGCGGAGGAGCCCAGCAUCACCGAGAUAAUGAAAUGUCCCAGCAAGGUUGUACUUCUGCGGAACAUGGUUGGCCCCGGGGAAGUUGACGAUGAUCUGGAACCUGAAGUGAAGGACGAAUGUAACACGAAGUACGGCGAUGUUGCACGCGUUAUUAUUCAUGAAGUGAUUGAGGCUGCUGCAGAAGAAGCUGUUCGAAUUUUCGUGGAGUUCAAGAGAAUAGAGAGCGCUAUUAAGGCUGUGGUAGAUUUAAACGGACGCUUCUUCGGCGGUAGACAAGUUAAAGCGGGGUUUUAUUCCAGCGAGAAGCUCGAUAACCUACAAUUGAUGGACUAGAAGGGACGGACAGUGUGGAAGACAAAUUUUCAUACGUUGCUUUAAUACCUUCUCCUCUUCUUCACCAUAUCUUUAAACAAAGUGUAAAGGAGAUUAGAUACUUUCCAUGUUGUUUAAAUAUCCAAGAGCCCUCUUCCCUGUUAUGUAUAUUUUUACAUUUGCGCAGUGUUUUAUUCACAUCGUACACGCUCAAUAAGCAUC